AUGGCAGAAAAUCUACGUGUUGCCGCUCAGGAGGAAGAGUGCACCAUCUGUCUAGAGCCCAUCACUAAAACAAGCAUCCUUGGAGUCAUAUCGAAUUGCCAUCACUAUUAUCACGAUAAGUGUUUGCUUCAAUGGAGUGCCAACUCAAACUCGUGUCCUACUUGUCGAAAGAAGUUUUACAAGAUUGAAAAUAUUGAUUGUCAAAAUCCACACAAAAUCACCUCUACGGUGGCAGUAAAGGAUAAGUUAUUAUCAAACGAUGCUAUUAAUGAAAUCCCAGAGGAGUUUAUAAUAAGGCCUCAUCAACAAUAUACUUCGAUUCACCUUUCUGGGGUCAAUGAUCGAGAAUCGCCAAAUGGAGUUUGUUCGAUCUGUUCAAGUGCUGAUUAUCGAUUAUCACGCACUAGAAAUAUGAUAAGCUGCCAAAUUUGUGCUUCAAUGUUUCACUUGGUGUGUCUUGGGAUUUCCGCUGACUCGGCAAAUGAUAUUGAAGAAUGGUUUUGUCCAAUGUGUGAUUCUCCUCAAGAAUUAUUGGUAUUAGCCGCUCCUUCUUCUAAUGGGUCAAGAGUUAGAUAUCGCCGAUCAGCACCUUAUCGUUCUACAGGGUCCUCCGGUACUCAAACGUUGUCUAUCAGACCAACUACAGGAUUAUCAACGGGCCGCCAAACAACGACUCUGAGAAAUUCAAGACCGGGAUUGGUCAUUAGAAAUGAAAAUAAUGAAUUGGAUGAUGAUUUCUUGUAUUCGGAGGACUUCAGUGAAGACUUUCACACCCAUUUCAAUUCCAAUUCAGGCUUGUCCGCUGGAUUCCGCAAUCAUCCAUUAUCACCUAUUGCUACUCCAGUAGUUAAUGGGGGUGUUCUUCUUCGAAGAGAAAUGAGAAAUAACCAAAAUUUAACUGAAGACGAAGCUCAGUCAUGGAACUUAUUUGAAGAGGCUAGACGUAGUUCAAAUUCUGAAUUACCUCAAAGCUCAAACCCUUCAAAUAGUAUAAACGGUGAACGUAAAAAAAGACGGAAAAGAGCCGUCAAUAACGAUGAUAAGGUUUCAGUUGGUCCUUCACAAAGCAUACAGCAAACUGGGGGGUCGAGUAGUAGCGGAUCUAGGAUUGCCAGCUUGAUAAGUCAAAUUAAGACUCCUUCAAAGCCUGUUGCUAUAUCAAGAAAUGACAACAGUAGCUCAUUUUCAAUACCAGAAGAAAUGAAUGCAAAUUCGUCUCCUUCGAGUAUCUCCGCAAGUCAACUGCCGUCAGUCUAUAGUCCCACUGAUGCUAGGUCUCUCGAUAGUGACUAUCAAACCGAUUCAGAAUCUAGCAUUGGGAGUCGAUCAAAGAAAAAGAUUUGUCCAAAUGAUAAUCAUGAAUCAACUAUUGGCACUCCUGAACUUACUUUUGAUCAGAAAAACGAAAUCCAAAAACAUAUACGAAAUUACUUAAGGCCCUUGUAUAAACCUAGAAGAUCAAAUGGGAAAUCUUCUGCUAAUCAAAUCAUCAAAUCCGAGGAUGCGUAUAUGAAUAUCAACAAAGGUAUUUCUCGAAAACUUUAUUCUGCAAUACUUUCUGACGCAACGAUUGAAAAUGGACGAUAUAUCCAAAAAACAAUAGAUGACUAUUUUGAAAACGAAAAUAAAUUGAAACAGCUCGUUGAUAAGUAUGUUGAGGACGAAUUAACGACGUUACGAAAUGCAUAA